GAUAGUUGUCCCUGAGGUGUGGCUCAGGUCGCCCAUUCAUUUCCUCCUUACAAUCUAGCUGGCAGGGAUCGGUGUGAGCUGAACUCUCCUCUAUAAUGACAAGUAUGGCGGCGUCCUCCAGCACCCUGCAGCCUGUCAGCCACAUCAUCUUCGACAUGGACGGCCUCCUGCUCGAUACAGAGCGCCUAUACACAGUGAUUUUUGAAGAGAUCUGUGGCCGUUUUGGAAAAAAAUACACUUGGGAUGUGAAAUCCUUAGUCAUGGGGGAAAAGGCAUUGCCGGCAGCCCAAAUGAUCUGUGAUGUUCUCGAUCUUCCUAUUACAGCUGAAGAAUUACUGAAGGAAAGUCAACUUAAGCAAGAAAAGCUUUUUCCAACUGCAUCCUUAAUGCCAGGGGUUGAAAAGUUAAUCUACCAUCUGAAUAAGCACAACAUCCCAAUGGCUGUUGCCACCAGCUCAGCCAGAGUGACAUUUGAAAUGAAAACAAGUAGACACAAAGAAUUCUUCAAUUUAUUCCAUCAUAUUGUGCUUGGAGAUGACCCAGACGUGAAAAAUGGCAAACCUCAGCCUGAUGCUUUUCUUGUAUGUGCAAAGAGGUUUAACCCCCCUCCGAGCACCGUCAAGUGCCUUGUAUUUGAAGAUGCACCAAAUGGAGUUGCAGCAGCCCUUUCAGCUUGCAUGCAGGUGGUUAUGGUCCCUGAUGAAAAUCUGAAUCGAGAUCUUACAAAGCGAGCAACAUUAGUCCUUAACUCCCUGGAGCAGUUUAAACCAGAAUUAUUUGGUUUGCCACCUUAUGAAUAAAGCUGCCAAUAUAAUUUAGUUGGAAAAUGUGAUGUUUAUUAUCAAUACAAAAAUUAAACUGAUCAUUCAAACUAAUACAACUUAAAUAAAUGUUUUGCAGUCUUAUUGGUUUAUAUAUAUUUUUUAUAUAAUAACAUAAUUGUGGUUCAGUGUGAGUUAACAAAAUAUUUAGAUUUACUGUAGGUAUCUUUAAGGAUUAAUUCACAUAUGGUAUAGUGUUAUACCAUGGGUAUAUGGCCACAAAUUCUGCAUGCCUAAAGCUCUUUUCACACUACAUUUUUGUAGUGUCCAGUGGGGGUAUACAUGAGGGGAAUCCCUGGCAAAUACCUCCAGUGUAUAGCUAUGAUGGAUCCUCCAGUGGUGACUCUAGCUGGAGGCUAGGACAAAACCAAGUAAGGACAAUUAUAAAACACUACAAAUAUACACUGUAUAUACACACACACAAGGGUGGGAUUUACAUUUUUACAACCAGUUCCUUACUUGGUGUAAUGGAAAAUGCUAAAGAAGUUUCUACCAUGGUAAUCUACAGCUCCCAGUAGGACCUAAGCAGUGGUAAGGUUAUGCUGGUAGUUUUUGUUUCACCCUUCAUAACUGCAGAACUUACAAGUGACUACCGCUCUGAUGGGACACAGUCAGGUAGAAUACACAAUGAUAUCUUAGUCUAUUCCUUUUUAUCUAGUACACACAGCGAUGACUUCUUCCAGCUGCUUCUUUCCUCUGCAGAGUUUCACGUCCGGACAUCAUUGGUUCCUCAUCAUGUCAGUAGAUCCUCAUCCUCUCUUUGAAGAAAAUUAUUAAUAUAACCGUGCCAGACACCAUGCUCCCUGAAAGUAAUCCUGCCACACAUUCUACCCUCUGAAUACAAACCAGCUACCCACUGUAUCCUCUGAACGUAAUACUGCCACACAUUGUACGCACUGAAUAUAAACCCUGCCAGACACUGUACCCUUUGAAUAUAAUACUGUCUCACACUGUGCCCUCUGAUGAUAAUACUUCCACACACUGCACCCUCUAAAUAUAACCCUGCCUCAAACUUUACCACCUGAGUAUAAUACUGCCACAUACUCUAGCCCCUGAAAUCAUACCACCCCAGAAAUUGUAAACAAUAUACAACAUACCCUGAAAUGCAAAAGCCACUGUACCCUCUGAAAUCUAAUAUAAUACUGUGCCCCACAAAUACAUGAAUCAAUUAUACAUACAUUAUACACUGUGCAUCAAAUAUUAAUUUUGUCCCCCAUAUUGUCCUCUAUUAAUAUUAACAUCUUCCAUAUUGUUCUAUAUAAUAAUGCCCCUUUAGUAUUAAUGUCCCACAUAUUGUUGUCUAUGUAAUAGUGCCCCCUUAGUAUUAAACUGUGUUAUCCAGUUAAAACUUUUUAAAGCUAUGUGCCAGGGCUGGGUAAUAAAAUAAAAAAUCUAUUACAUGCCACCCUCGCUCUCACUGGCCUCCAGUAUCGGGGCAUCCCUUCUGUG